AUAAAGAACUGUUGAAUCAAAAAUACAGACACAAUAAAAGGUUGAUAUUUAAACUGGUUUAUACAAAAACUACCAAAUACCGAACACGUCAACAAAAAAUACAUUGAAAAUUAAGAUAAAUACUGUCGUAUCCGUACCGCAUACUGCCAAAGUGUACCUAAUCAAUUUACCUAAUCAAAUCAAACAACUACUAGUAUGACAGGUCAAGGUUCAACAGUAGUUGUUAUCAAUCUAUAAAAUUGAGGAUAUAAAUUAAUUUAGUUUCUUUAUAAAUUAAACAGUGUAAUACCAUGGAUAAAAAGGCGAAAAUUGAAUUGUUACGUGCGAAUUUGGCAGAGUAUCCAGAUUUUCCAAAGAAAGGGAUUCUUUUUUGGGAUAUAUUUUCUAUUCUGAAAGAGCCAGAACUAUUUCACGUUUUAAAAGAUGUGCUUAUGGAGACAGUGAAAGAAAUUCAACCACUUCCAGAAUGUAUUGUCGCUCUUGAUGCUAGAGGAUUCCUAUUUGGGCCUAUAUUGUCUCUAGAGUUAAAUAUACCGUUUGUACCUGUACGAAAACCGGGAAAACUGCCUGGAGAACUUAUCACUAGCACUUACACCAAAGAAUAUGGAGAGGAUUCCUUAGCGCUUCAGUUAAACAGUAUAACAAAUGGUCAAAGGGUUUUAAUAAUUGAUGACCUCUUAGCAACUGGAGGAACUUUAGCAUGUGCUGUUGAGAUGGUACAAAAGGCAGGAGGGAACGUUAUAGCCUGCUUAGCACUUAUAGAAUUAGAAGCAUUGAAUGGUAGAAAAUUAAUAAACAAGGAUAUUAUAUCUUUAAUUAAAAUAUAGUUUUAAAUAUUUAA